AUGAAAAAAUUUCUUUCAGUGAUUAAGAAUGUGACAGAUCCAGAAAAAAUAGCUAAAUAUAGUGCUCAGAAAAUUGAAAACUUCGCUGAUUAUUUAGAUUCAAAUAAUGAGAAACCUUCACAAUAAAUUCCAUUUAUGGUAAUAACUAUAUGUUCAUCAUUAUUAUAGAUAACAAGAUAAAUGAAAAAUGAUCUUUCAGAUUUAGGAUAUAAUUAUGAUGAUAUUAAAAAAAUGACUCCAACUUAUGCCAGUAAUCUACUGUAAAAUCAAAUAAAAAAAAAGAAGUGA